AUGGCGUUCAACCACAUUGUCAAGGAUCUUCAACUUGAUGCUGUCCUCCAGACAUCAAGCCAGUCCAGGGAACAAGCUGAGCUUCUCGUCGACUGCCUGCCCGAGGCGGGCCAGCCCCUCUCUCUGGAUCAGGAGGCCGCCAUAUCCAAGCAACAGAAGCUUCUCUUCACUAAUAUAUCCCAUCUACGUGGACUACACCGGGCGGCCAUUUUCUCGGCCCGCGAGACGAAAUACAAGACCGCCGAGAAGCGCCACGAGGUCGACAGUCUUCACCUUCAGCUGCAGAACCUCUAUUACGAACAAAGACAUCUACAAGGCGAAAUUGCUGCGUGCGAGUCGUACGACCACUCCCACAUGCGACUGCCCCUAGUCCCGCUUGAAGAAUUCCUACACCAGCAUCCCGAACACGCUACGGACGACGAGAACGCGCUUAUGACGGCGAGGAUUGCACAUGAGCGUGCGCAGCGAGAGGCCCUCGAACAGCAGAGGCAGGAACUCCUGAAGAGAAAGCAGAAGCUUAUCGCGGAGAACAAGAAGAGGAAAGAGGAUCUCGCCAAUCUUGAUAGAGAUCUGGAGAAAUUCAUCGAUGCCGCAAAACCCAUCCAGGUGUUAUUCGAAAAAGUCGUCUGA